GAUUCGAUUAAAACCAGGACUCCAAGUCCCGAAAGGCGUCAUCCCAUCAAAUUUCAAAGAAAGCAACCACCGCCACCGACCAUCAAAAGAUCACAGAAAAGGGCAUUAGUUCCAUUGUUCCAUUAUCCAAAGGUUAAAUCAAAAUAGGAAUUCCUGGAGAGAGUGUAUUACAUAGAAGGACAACGAAACCAACAACAUGAUGCUUCACGAGACUGUCAAGCUCUUCUGGCCGAUUUUUGCCUUGGUGGCAGUGGCUUCACCUGCCAUGGCCUUUGCUCCGGUCAGUACGGCUACCCAAGGAUACCCCACGAAAAUCACUGUGUCAGAAAAACAACCAUCCAAAACCUGUCUUUACGCCAGCUUGGCAUCUCGUCACUAUACUCGUUCCUCUGGUCGCAAUGAACGAUCCAAACGACAAGAGCGCGUGGGUCAUCUGGUCCAAUUCGAAGUGGGAAGGAUUUUGCAUACCGGAAUUAUCCGAGGUGAUGCCGAAUAUUUGGAAGAUGAAUUGCGACAACGCAUCAGUGUCGUGAGUGUCGAUGUUUCACCGGAUUUGAAACAAGCCAGGAUAUCUGUGUCGAUUCGAGGGGCCACAUCCAACAACAAAGAAACUAUGGAAUGGGAAGGAGAGGAAUUUUUGUUGGAAGAUGAGGAGGAAUUGGAGGAUGAGGAAGAAGAGGAAUUUUUGGAAGACGACGAUGAUGAUGAGGAGGAGGAUGCAUUUGACAACAAUGCCAUUGUCGACAAACGAAGAGCCUAUGCCUGGUUGGUACGCAACACCAAACCCAUUCGUCACACCUUGGCCCAACGAAUGAGCCACAUGAAAGCCUGUCCCAGUUUGACAUUUGUGCAGGUAGAUGUGGCAGCGGCCACAGAUGUCAUGUACCUCAUUGAUAAAGUCGCCCAGGGAUACAAGAGAGAACGCAUUGGCGAUUACAAUGAAAAUAUUGUGCCUACAGGUAUUGUGAGGGGUAUCGAUUUUGAUGAAGACUAUGACGAGGACGAUUGGGAAGAAGAAGAAGAUAGCAAGUUCUUUUCCAAUUAAUACUGUAAUUUAUUUUUGAAUAGAUUAAUGUAAUCUAUCCAGGAAGAAAAUCACGAGCAACAGUGACAUGAUCGGGACGACCUCACGAUGAUGAUCAAGGAAAGGCGCCUUGCAACAACCAACGGCAUCACUUCAGUCUCUCACCAACCUAACCUCAACGAUUCCGGUUAAAAAAAAAUUCCUGUGGGGAUCUCUUGGGUC